AUUCCUCAAUUUCCUCUGCGAAACGUUUAAUUCCUGGGAUAAUCUCAAACUUCUUCAACUAAAACAGAAACGUUUCAUGAUACUCGAUAUAAUGAAAUUGAUAUCGACUUUAACACAACUAUGGCUUCUAAGGUUCAUUUUCAGGCACAUAGAACCUAUUUGUGCCGUUCCUAAUCUGUGUAAUCACGUAUACCAGAGUAAUAUGAGGUUUUCUGAAAGGACAUUAUUGAUACAGAGCGAAGAUGUGAGAUUCAGAGUUGCUAAACAUGACAGUUUAUCUCUAGUUUCGGCUAUAGUUUGUAUAAUAGAUGUGUUUGGUGUUUUUCCAAUAGUGGCACUACCGAAAGCGAUAAUAGAUUGUGGUUUCUAUGGGGUUCCUCUCAUCGCAACCGUAUGUUCGGUACAAAUUUAUACCGCAAUUUUACUCGGGAGAUGCUGGAUGAUAGCUGAAUCAAUAGAUUCAUCUAUAAACACAAAGAGUCGAUACCCUUAUUCUGCACUGGCAGAAUUCACAUACGGAAAAACUCUGGGAAAAUUAGUGACCAUCCUAGUUGAUAUCACAGUUUUUGGAGGAGGAAUACCGAACUUGAUUGUCGCAUCCCAAAAUAUGCAAUUGCUGGGGUUGAGACUAACGAGCGGUGAUCUGAAUAUUUCUUUUUGCAUCUGGAUAUUGGUUUUAGGAACCGUUCUGUGCCCUAUUUUAUGGUUGGGUAGUCCCAAGGAUAUGAAAUAUCUCUGUCUACUUUCCGUGUGUAUUGUUUUCCUAGUAUUCUUCCUCGUGAAUGGAAGUAUGAUCUAUUCCACCACGGAAGAUUUACCAUCGUCAAACAGCAUGGUGAAUAAAAAAUCUACUUGGGAAUAUUUACUGUUAGCUUUCGGCAUGGUUACUUUCCAAUUCGACAUUCAUCCAAACAUUUUGACUAUUGUUGUUGAUAUGAAAGAAAAAAUUAAGAUUUCGAAGGCUGUUAUGGUAAGCUUUCUAGUCACCUUAUGUAUGUUUGGAGUGACAUGCAUAAAUGGUUAUCUGAAAUUUGGAAAAUCUCUGAGACCAAGUAUAUUGGAAACCCUGUCGACCACCAUGCUACUACAUUUUGCGUCAGUUCUGGUGGCUGUUCAACUUUGUCUAACAUCAGCAAUUAGCAAUAAUGCCCUUUAUCAACAUAUGGAGGAAUCCUUGAAUAUUUCCAGAGAGUUUAAUCACAAGAGAUGCAUCUUGAGGACAGUUCUCGUAAUCUUAGCAAUAAUAAUAGCCGAAUCUGUACCAAGAUUCGACAUUGUGAUGUCCUUAAUUGGAGCAGCGCUGAUCAGCCCACUGGUUUUUAUUUUACCUCCCUUAUUCUACCUCAAAAUACUCAAAAUCCAGGACCGGCGUAAGGAGGACUUAACAUUCGAGUUGUUCAUGAAAUCAGCUGACGCAGAUGGGGAUAUCUUGAGUGUGGAUACGUCUUUCAGCGACAGCAUAGUUCAGAAUCCAACAAAGUUUAACAGUUUUCUCAGGAAGCAAGAUAAGUAUCUUGUAUCGGCCAGAAGUAUUGAAUACUUCAUAUGUGUCAGUAUUGUACUCGCGAGUCUAUUUUCUACGAUACUCUCGACCUAUUUGAAUAUAAAGGAUGCUUCGAGCUUUGAGAGUUUUUCAUAUCCUUGCAUUAUGAAUGUUACAUCUGCCUUUGUUGAAAUAUAAGUUGCCCUGA